AUGCUGAUCACCCUCGGCCGCGCUGGACCAGCUUUCCUUGGCCGCCAGCACGCGGCGCUUGGCCUGGGCGACCCAGGCCGGGUCGAUGCGGCCGAGGCUCGCAUCCUCGUAGUCACCGGACAGCUCCUCGGUGAGGCGAUAGACCUCGUGCACCGCGGUCAGGCGCGGGCCGGCGCCCUUGGUGAUGCGGCAUUGUGCGCAGAAGAACAGCAGGUCCUGCGCAAGGCGAUCGCGGGCCGGAUCGGCCUGGUCACCCUGGCCCACGCGGCGCAGCUCGUGCAGCAGCUUGGAACCGAGGCGCUUGGUGUAGGCGUCACUGCCGAUGAGCUUGAGGGCCUGGCCCUCGAACACCGCAGCGGCGAGUUGCCACAACGUACGGCCAUUGCCCGCCGGCAGCGAGGCUGCCAGGCCGGCACACAGGCCCGACAGGUUGGCCGCAUGCGCCGAGCUGGGCUCGCGCAUGUGACGCAGCAGCGCCGCCUCGAAAGGCGCGCGCACGGCUUCCGCGGAGCGAGGCGCGACGCCCUCUUCCAGCGGCAGGCUGCGCCAGGACCAGUCGUACUGCCACAAGUCCGCCGGGUGGAUGCGCUCCACGCCGUUGAGCUGCUGCAGCGCGCGGUAGCUCGGGUACAGCGACAGGGACGAGGUCUUGUUGCCGGCCAGCAGCCGGGCCACGUGUACGGCCGCUUCAUCAGCCUGCAUGGCGCCGACGCGGCCGAACGGCUGCUGGCCGACCUCGAAGCGCAGGCCGAGACCGUCGACGCGGACGAGCUGCCGUACCUGUCCCUCAGCUACGCGGUCUGGAAGGCCCGGGUGCUCCGCAAGUCGGGCCAACCGCGGCAGGCGCUGCAGGUGCUGCGGGCGACGCUGGAGGCCGUCACGCGCAAGCCCGGCUUUGAAGUGCUGCCUUAUGCCCGCGUGGCGGAAGGCCGGCUCCACCGCGAACUCGGGCAGUGGCAGGACUGCGUGCAAUCGGUGGCGGUGCUGACGGCGCCCACCUACUCGGAGUGGCUGCGCAUCGACAGCCUCUACUCCACCGCCGUGUGCCGCGCCAAGGGCGGCAUGCCCGGCGCCCGGGAAGACAUCGCCACCCUCGACACCUUCCUGCCCCGCCUGCGUAACGCGCCCAACCUGCUCGAAGACCUGCUGACCGCCCAGGCCCAGGCGCUGUCGGCCCUGGGCGAGCACGCCGCGGCCUUCGACAAGAUCAGCCGCGCCCGCCAGGCCACCCUCGAACGGAUUGCCAAAGCCAAUGAAGAGGCCCGCCAGCGCGUGGAAACGGCCUACCAGGUCGCCGCCAAGGACAAGGAAAACGCCGAACUCAAGGCGAGCGAGCAGUUGGCGCAGCAGCGCCGCUGGGUGAUGGGCGUGGCGCUGGCGAUCGCGGUCGUGGUGCUCGCCGUCGUGGCGGAGCUGUUGCGGCGGCAAUCGGCCCAGCGGCGGCAGCUGACGCCGGCGCACGCGCUGGGCAUGCUCGCCGAAGUGGCUGCGGCCAAGGUGCCCGCCGAGGCGCGUCCAGCGAUCGAUGCGAUCCGCCGUUCGAGCACGAGCCUGUCAGACCUGCUGGACUCGCUCUUCGACCUGUCCCGCCUGGAAUCCGACCGCUACGAGCCCAGCGUCGGCCCCGUGUCUCUGGGCGACGUGUUCGAUGACCUGCGCUCGCAGUUCACCGUCGCGGCGAUCAGCAAGGGGCUGCGGCUGAGCAUCGACCACGUCGACGCGACCGUGCGAAGCGAUGCGCACCUGCUGCGCCGCAUGCUGAUGAACCUGCUCUCCAACGCCAUCAAGUACACGCCGAAGGGCAGUGUGCAGGUGCACGCGCGGCGCCAGGCGCAGGACUGGGUGAUCACCGUCACGGACACCGGCCCGGGCAUCCCGGCAGAGCAGCAAGAGGCGGCGUUCUCGGAGUACGUCCGGCUGGAUGCCUCCGGCGGCACCGACGGGCUGGGCAUCGGCCUGGCGAUCGUCAAGCGCUCGGCGAUGCUGCUCGGCCAUCAGCUGGCGCUGUCGUCCACCGUCGGACGUGGCAGCUGCUUCACGCUCGGCGUGCCCGCCAUCGCGGACAGCGCCGAGAUCGCCGACACGCCACUGGACGCGGGUGGCACGGGUCAGGUCAUCGGCCUCGUCGACGACGACGACCAGAUCCGCCACGCGAUGCCGCGCUCGCCGACCGGAGUUGGCGACGUUCAUGCUGAACAGGAAGGGCUUGUUGAAGGCUUCCUUGGGGAUCUCGAUCCAGACCUUCUCAUCCUUGCGCCAGAUCCGGGAACAGGCCAGGCUGCUCCUUGGCGCCCUUGA